AAUAAAAGGAGAUAUGACGCAAUAGGCGGUACAAGUAAUAUGGGAGGAUUCAAAAAACGAUCGUAUUUCCGAAAUAGAAGAUCUUUGGAUUCUAUCAACGCAUUCAGCGAUAUGGGACAAUUCGGAAAACGUAGAAUGGAUUCUAUAGACGGGUUUAGUGCUAUGGGUGGAUAUAAAAAACGUGCCCUGGACUCGAUCAAUGGUGUAAGUGGAAUGGGUGGAUUUAAGCGCGGCUUGGACUCGAUCAAUUCUUUUAGCGGAAUGGGUGGUUAUAGGAAGCGUGGUUUGGACUCAAUAAGCAGUUUUAGUGGCAUGGGCGGCUUCAAAAAACGUGGCUUAGACUCCAUCAAUAGUCUCAGUGGAAUGGGAGGAUUCAAACGAGGAGUGGAUGCCAUCGACGGCUUCAGUGGAAUGGGUGGUUUCAAACGUGGUUAUGACAAGAUUAAUGGAUUCAGUGGAAUGGGAGGCUAUAAGAAACGUGGAUUAGACGCAAUUGAUGGUUUAAGUGGAAUGGGGGGAUUUAAGCGCGGUAUGGACGCUAUAGAUGGAUACAGUGGAAUGGGUGGAUACAAACGAGGACUCGAUACAAUCAAUUCUUUCAGUGGAAUGGGCGGGUACAAGAAACGUCAAUUAGACUCUAUAAACGGUUUGAGUGGCAUGGGUGGUUUCAAACGUGGAAUGGAUGCGAUAGAUGGUUUCAGUGGAAUGGGUGGAUACAAAAAGCGACGCAUGGAUUCGAUAGAUGGCGUUAGUGGUAUGGGUGGAUACAAAAAGCGACGUAUGGAUUCUAUAGAUGGCGUUAGUGGUAUGGGUGGAUACAAAAAGCGACGUAUGGAUUCUAUAGAUGGCGUUAGUGGUAUGGGUGGAUACAAAAAGCGACGCAUGGAUUCGAUAGAUGGCGUUAGUGGUAUGGGAAAAUUUGGAAAACGAACACUUGACGAAAUUGAUAGUGUAAGUGGGCUGGGUGAUUUGGGAAAGCGACAAUUCGAUACCAUUGCUCGGAAUAGUGGUAUGGGAGGUUUUGGCAAAAGGCAAUCCAUUUUGUAUUCAGAU